GGAUUUAACUAAAUAGGUUUAAUUUUGACAAUGACAGCUUCCAUUCAUCUGUACAGUAUAGUGACUGACUAUGGCUGAGCACAGGUGCUAAAUUCAUUCAGUCCAGUGUGGAGAACAUUAGCAUGGAAGGGGAGGAUUAUUUACUUAGUCAUCUAUUUUCCUGUUUUCUUCAUUUCAUUGGAGGAAGAAAUGUAAGUGUAGAUAUGGGACCAGACAUUGCAGACUAGAUUGAAAAAUUACAAAGGUCGAAAUUCUACAUUUUGUGCUACUCAGAUUUAAAACUCCUAGCUAACUAUAAGUGUGGGUAAGAAUUAACCACAGGCCCAUUGUUUCCUGUGCUAGCGUCUGUUAAUGAAUUUGAAACUUUUAUCUGAUAAAAUAAAGACAUUUCUGUCUGAAUGUAGCAUCACUGUGGAAAUAGCUAACGCUAGCAAUGCUGGAUAAAGUUCAUGCUGUCAGCUUGAUGAGGGCUAGCACAGAGGUGGUGGAGGAAAAAAAGCAUAGCAUUAACUAUGGGAUUGUGUUGGUAUUAAAUUUAGUAGCAUUAGCUUUGCAAAGGCUAGACUGCGCCAGCAUGCCUGCUGUUGUUUUCCAUAGCCGUUAGCGAUAACAUCUUAAGCGCACAGGCUGCUAACUACAUGUAUAAAACUAGCUACAACUAGUUGUUUGACUGUAUUUUAACCAUGCAAAUAUUUGCAUGAAACAAUAGCAGACUUCAUUUAUGGACAUGUAUGCUAAUGGUGCCCAGUUGCGCCAAUGAAGAAGCUUUAUUUCGCACAAACUAGACAGGGGCGGCGCAUGGAGCUGCGUUAAAGACGGGGUCCCUCUCCUCGGCUUCCUGCACACCUUUCUCCAUCAACUAAAUCUGCUAAAGCAGCAGGUUUGAUUACAACUAGAAAGUUUUUCUGCAACAUCCUCAAGAAGGCAGCUCUGGAAGAAGCGUUUGGGAGGACUGGGGAAAAACAAUUGUACUGAAGAGGAUCAAAUAAUUUACUCUAAGUACUACAGUAAAGGCAAUGGCUGAGCUGCCUACUGAGCGGGUUUUACCUGAACCACCACCUGCCAACAUCGGACAGGUGCGUCAGGGGGCUUCUUCUCCAAGAAGGAAUUACGUUUACGCCAGAGAUGCCCAUACCUUUGCCCAGGACAACCGAUUACUUCCCAUAGGCUGGUACUUCACUGGAGCUGCACGGUACCGGAUGAUAACUACCCUGGGAGAAGGAGCCUAUGGCACGGUUGGAAAAUUCAUUAGGCUCAAUGACAUGAAGACCGUAGCCAUCAAAAUAAUUAAGACUGAUUACUUCAGAAAUGGAUUGGCAAACGUGGAGGUGGCUGCCCUGCGAAAGUUAAAGUUCUACAAAUCUGAAAGGUAUAACUUGGUUCAGUUUUACAACGUUCUUACCGAUGGGCAAAAAUUAUGUCUCGAAUUUGAGCUUUUGGACAAAAACCUUUAUGAAUUCAUGAAGGAAAGAGAUUUCCGACCGCUCGCUCUAAGAUCAGUUAGAGCCAUCACCGCGCAGAUUGCGAAAGCGCUGGAUCAUUUGAAGUCUGUACGUUUGAUACAUGCAGACCUCAAGCUGGAAAAUGUGAUGCUUGUCAACCAUCAGAAACAACCAUAUAGGGUCAAAGUGAUUGACUUUAGCUUGGCAUGUGACACCUCUGCUGCCUCGAUGGGCUCUUACAUUCAGUCCCGUUCAUACCGGUCCCCAGAGAUUAUUCUCGGGGCUCCAUUUACAGAGGCCAUAGAUGUAUGGUCUCUGGGCUGCAUUGCUGCUAAUCUGUACCUUGGCUCCAUGCUUUUCCCUGGUGAGAACGAAUAUGAGGUGAUGAGGUACAUAGUGGAGACUCAGGGCCAGCUCCCAAGCAAGAUCCUCGACUGUGGGCUCAAGACUGCCUUUUUUUUCGACAUGCAGUUGUAUUUCACCACCAGCACGUGGAAACUCAAGACACCUGAACAGUUUGUCAGUGAGACAGGGAUUAAGUUCACUGAGAAAAGGAUGAUGAAGUUGACCUCUCUUGAUGACCUUAAAAACCUCUGGUUCACACGUCAUCAAAAUUAUACCACUAAAUCCGCAGAAAUCUGCGAUCUGCUGGUGUUUAUCGAGCUGCUUAAAGGAAUGCUUCAGCUUGAUCCUGAAAAACGGAUGACGCCCAGUCAGGUGCUGCAGCACGACUUCACAACACUGCGCCACAUAUUGCGGUUGUACCCCUACAGCUUCCAUGUUAACUCUUGCUUUCAGAAGAUUAGCAUCUGUCAGACCAUAACAGCUGGUCCUACAGGUGUGUGCAGGUCUCUGCAGCAACCAUCCUCCAGGACCAGCCACCCUACUGAGCAAAGUCUUCCUUGCCCUCCAACUGAAGCUGGCAUAACAACAGCGCGCCCCUGCCCUUCUUUCAGGACCAGCCACCCUACCCAGCAAAACCAACCUUGCCCUCGAGCUAAGCACAGCAUCCAAGUGAGGCACCAUUCUCACUCUAAGACCACCUGUCCUCCUCUGCAAAAUCAUCCUCGCCCUCCAUCUGUGCGCUACUGCCCUUAUUCCAGAACCACCCACCUUGCUCAGCAAAAUCAUCCUUGCCUUCGAGUCUUACACCACUGCUGUUUCUUCAGGACCAUCUGUCCUCACCAGCACAAUCAUCCUCGCCCUCCAGCUGUGCGCUACUGGCUCUACUUUAGGACCACACACCCUCCCCAACAAUAUACACUUUGCCCCCUAGCUCAGCAUGGGACCCAAGUGCGGUAUCACUGCCUUUACUGCAGGAGUACCCAUCCUUGCAGCAAUAUCCUUCUGGCCUUGCUGCUAAACUCCACUGCCUUUACUUUGGCACCACCCAUUCUGCUUAGCAAUGCCGUCCUCACCCUCCAGCCAAACACUGCACCUCAACAGAGAACCCCUGCACAAAGUCUAGGACCACAGUGAAGUCCUACCUUAGCAAGACUCACCAAAUCAAACCAGUCUUAAAAAAAAAUUUAAUGGCUGAUUAGACAAUGUGGUUAAGAGUCUCUGACCAAUCUGAAAGAUCAUUGUGAUUUAAAAAGGGUUCCAUUGCUCUGCUGAGCCAUCUUGCGCAAGCAUUGGAUGUAGGACAAUUACAGCUCACCACAAAGUAAGAAUCAGAAUACUUUAUUAAUCCCUAAGCAAAUUAUGUAGAGAAAGAUGAACAAUGGGGAAGACUAUGUUGAGAGGUUGCAUAGGAGUGCCAGAUGGAACUCUUGAGAUUGCAGCAUCCACACUUUUAAUCACAUCUUCCUUAUUGAGACUGAUCAACAGGACGCUGACUGAGCACACAUGCUGGAAACAGACAUUUCUGCUCAGGAGUAAACCAAAAAAGAAAUAAAAAACAUGAACAAUAGACCUGGUAGGCUAUAUGUACCAAUCACUUAUAAGAAGAAGUGAUAAUUAAAACCAUUUAAAAUUUGUUUUUCCACUGAAUUACUUUAUUUUCACUGACAUGUUGUUGUAUGAAGUACUUAUCCUUUAUUGUAUUUCUAAUAAGUGGAACAAUAUUAAAACAAUAAACUUGUGA